CCGCCUUCUUCUCCUCCUCCUUCUCGGUGCUCAGUGCCUGGCCAUGGACCUGUGGAAGGUGCCGCUGCUCUUCUCCCGCCUGCAUAUGUUCCCUUUCUUCGACCUGGCGCACUAUGUCGCCUCCGUGGUGGCGUUGAAGGAGCAGCGGGGAGCUGUGGAGGUGUCAGUCCGGAGUCCAUUUGCCUGCUGGUUUAGUGCUAUGCUUUAUUGCUUUGGUGGUUCACUUUUGUCCUCGCUGAUGCUUGCAGAACCUCCAGUUGCAUUUCUGGCCAAGGGCGCAAAUAUUCUCCUGGCGUCUUCAGUCUGGUAUCUGGUGUUUUACUGCCCACAAGACAUUUUCUGCCGGUGCUUUUCCUUUCUGCCUCUUCGUCUCCUGGUUGCAGGAAUGAAGGAAGUGACUAGGACUUGGAAGAUAGCAGCUGGAGUUGCACAUGCAGACAGUCACUUCAAAGAUGCCUGGCUUGUUAUGGUGGCUGUGGGCUGGGCCAGAGGAGCUGGUGGUGGCCUAAUUUCCAACUUUGAGCAGCUGGUGAGAGGAGUGUGGAAACCUGAAACCAAUGAACUACUGAAGAUGUCCUACCCUGUGAAGAUAACUUUGAUAGGAGCAGUUCUUUUCACCCUGCAACACAGCCAGUACUUGCCAAUUGCAAGACACAACCUUGUGUUUUUAUACACCAUCUUUCUUGUCAUCUUCAAGGUAAAAAUGAUGUUGACAAGAUGUGCAACUUCUCCACUUGCUCCCCUUGAGGCUGCAUUAGGCCAUGUGCUUUUUGGCUUGGGAAAGGCACCUUCCAAAGUGAAAGGUGAAAGUGCCACAUCUUCCAAUCGCUCUUCAACCUGUGACCGGCCCUCUGAGCAGCACCACGAUGGUGUUAAGAAAAGACAAGCAAAGAAAACAGAAUAAGUGACUUGAAAUCCUUGAUGGUCUUGACUGCUGAAGAUGUUUUAAUGCCAGAUUAGGCUGGCUGAGGAGUUUCUUUAAGGAAAUGCAUUUGUGAGGAGAGAACAGGACUGUGUUGUGGUUCGCCUUUGGAAUGUGUUAUAUAAGCUACUGCUCCUAUGUCUGAAUGCCCAGGUUGGAUUUGUAAGUUAAAACUACAGUUUUUUAUAUACUUACAAGUUUACUAAUUUUUGUAUUCAUGAUAACUUAAGGUGCUCACGUGCUAAAAGGGUAGUUUUGAAAAUGUGAAAAUCAUAUUUGUUAUUUUUUCUGAUAUAUCACUUGUUUCUCCUCUUCCUAGCCACCAGUUCUUAUGUUUCUUUUGGAUAACAUUGAUUUGUACUGUCAAGUGUUCACUGCAGCACAUCCCAAAUAAGAAAGUCAUCAUCUGAGUAAGGCAUAAUCACAUUGUACUGUGUAAAAUCAUAAAAAUGUAUCACACUAAUGCCUUUAACUAGAAAAAUGACCGAAUUAUAAUUAUUAUUAUUAUUAUUAUAUUAUAUUAUUAUUAUGUGUAAUUCACAUUGCACUGGUCUAGGUUUUCUGCAUUUACUGAAAUAUUUUUCAAUAUUUUUAUAUUUUUUGAAAUGAGAGUAAAUUACUGGCACUUUAAAAAAUCUUUACAGUUAGCAAAUAGAAAUAUUCGAUAUUUUUGUUGUUGGCUUACUUUGACACUUACUUUGCAAGCGUUUGAUAUGUAUGUGUUUUUCAUGUUACACUGGGGAUUUGCAUGUGGUUUGUAGUUAUCUUUCAGUUCACCUGAGACUAGACAUCUCUGCCUGCAUUUUUGUCCAAGCAUAUGCACUUUUUUCUUUUCAAAGACAAACUUUCUUAUAAAAAAGAGGAUUGGACAGUA